AAUGUCUGCUCGACCUCGUGGAUGGUAUAUGCAGGAUGUUCUUUUAACAAACAAGUCAUUUUACAGGAAUGACAUACUCUCACAUGUUGUUACAGACAGCUACUGGACAUACACAAUGGAUGAAUCAAGUCUAUCAGACGACAAAGGAAAUGUAAUACAGUUUAAACUGUACCAGGGGAGAAAAUUUCACCCGGGUAUGGUCGGAAAGCCCUCACAACGAGUGGAAAAUAUAAUUUCCUUUAAAAGUCGUCCGGAUGAUGUGCUCCUUUGUACGUAUCCAAAAUCAGGUACUCAUUGGGUGUUUAAUAUCAUCAAGAUGCUACGGUCUAACAGCAUUGAAUACCGCGGAUCACCAGACACGCUUGAAUAUGAAGAUUUGGCCGAUAUGGAUCUGAAGGACUCUCCCAGAACAUACCACAGCCACAUGACUUAUCCUUUAAUCCCUGAGGCGGCUCAACAACAAGCUGUAUAA